AGAGAGAGAGAGAGGGAGAGAAUGAAGUCAUCUUUGCUAUUCAUGAUCUUCAUCAUCACCAUAGAUAUCUAUGGAUUAUCAUCAUCCCUUGUGAAUGCACAAGCAGAUUCCUGCAGCUCUAACCUAAGCCUCAGUAAUUCUGUGCCUUUUGAUACAACUUCCCUACAUUGUCUAGCCGUUUGGGAUUCUCAAGGUUUCAUACUAAGAUAUUUGCAAACCAACAAUGCAAGCAUAUGGAGCUUCGUUGUUUCAGCCCCAGCAGAUACAAAUUCUUACAUAGCCAUUGGGUUCUCAACCAAUGGUGCGAUGGUGGGGUCGAGUGCAAUGGUGGGUUGGGUCUCAUCAUCAUCAAAUGGUAAUGUUGGAAUGGCUAAGCAGUAUUAUUUGAGUGGAAACUCACCAAACCUUGUGAAGCCUGAUCAAGGAAGCUUACAACUUGUCAGCAACUCAGCCACAAUCAUAUCCCAAAACUCAAUUUUAUACAUGGCUUUCCAAUUGCAAACCAAUCAGCCAGAGUCUCAGCUAUUAUACGCAGUUGGACCAACUGGUGUUUUUCCCUCAGCACCCGACUACCAAUUAUCUGAGCACCGAACAAUGGUCUCCACUUCCAUAAACUAUGCAGCAGGUCAAAGUGCAUCGGAGAGCCCUUAUACAGGACUGCGAAGGGGCCACGGAAUAUUGGCUAUGCUAGGAUGGGGUAUUCUAAUGAUAAUUGGAACAAUAGUUGCUCGUUACUUCAAGCACAAGGACCCAAUUUGGUUUUAUCUUCACAUUUCCCUUCAAUCAGUCGGAUUUAUACUUGGAGUUAUAGGUGUAAUAUGUGGAUUUAUCUUAAAUAAUCAUGUCAAUGCUAAUGUUGGUACCCACAAGAGUAUUGGGAUCUUCAUUCUUCUUCUUGGCUGCCUCCAGGUAAUGGCCCUUUUAGCUCGGCCGAACAAGGAUUCCAAAUUCAGAAAGUAUUGGAAUUGGUACCAUCAAAAUGUUGGGAGAAUUUUAAUUAUCCUCGCAAUUGUAAACAUCUUCUAUGGAAUUAAUUUAACUGGAACGGGACAUGGUUGGACUGCUGGUUAUGGAGUCCUUCUUGCUGUCUUGUUCAUUAUUACUUUUGUUCUUGAGAUUAGAUUUUGGAUUAGGAGAUAAAAAAAUCCAUUGCUAUAUAGCAUAAGGGAAAUUAAAUUACACUUUAGUAUCCCAACUUUCAUGCCAGUUGCGAUGUUUCCCCUCCCAAAUUGAUUUGUGUGUAUAUUAACUCCUCCUAUUCAAACUUGCUACUGUAUUUACUAUUUUAAUCUGACAGUUAUUGUCUCAAUU